AUGCGCGAGCCUCAACCUUCUGCUAUCUAUGUCGCGCCGCUACGAAUUCGCAAGAAUAGUGACGACGAUGACAACGACGACGACGAAGGCAACCAUGGCCCCUCCCGCAAAACGGAAGACACGGGGCAGGUUACCACAAAUCCCCGACCGACCUCUAUAGAAUCCCUCGACGAUAUGACGUCCCGUGCGAGAUUCCACAACUACUUACGAGCUCUUUAUCCUUUCCAGCCGUCCUCUCCCCACUCCUCCACCACUGUUACACUACCGCUCAGUGCCGGGGAUAUCAUUCUAGUACACUCGGUGCAUAUCAAUGGCUGGGCGGAUGGCACACUGCUGGAGACAGGAGCCCGCGGGUGGCUACCGACAAACUAUUGUGAGGGGUACGACUAUGCGGCGAUGCGACCUCUUCUCAAAGCAUUGACCGAAUUCUGGGAUCUUGUGCGCUGCGCGAGCGAUUCAAACCUAAGUCUUUUCCGCAAUCAGGACUAUAUGAGAGGUCUGGUCGCGGGCGUUCGCGCCUUGCUGGAGCGCUCCAAUUGUUUAACCCGGGACUGUUCCCUGGUAAAAAAGCACGAUGCCAUUCGCCGGACGCGUAAAAACCUUCUCUCUGAUCUCGCUCUGCUUGUGCGUGCCGCAAAGGAACUGCAGCAAGUAGUCGUUGGCCAUGCCGCCAGCAAGGAUACCCUCGAUAUCCGGCUGGAUGACAUGCUUUUAAAAGCGUUCCGAAUUGUCACUCGUGCGGUCUUGUUUUACGACGUCUGGACUGAGCAAGCCGAUGCGUCACCAGGGGCCGCUACAAACCCACCCGACUCUUCCUCGGAAUCUGUCGCAGUUAUGCAAUCCCAGCACUCGACCAAAUCACAAGUUCCUGUCCGACGUCAAGCCUCAUCAUCUGCCAAAACGAAACCUUCAGGCACACCUGUAUUGUCAAAGCAUAGCAGCCGCAGUUCCACAGGUAAUCAUCCCACCCACAUGCGCCGACACUCAUCCAUCACACAUCGCAUGUCCUACACUCGUGGCACGAGCCAAAAGAAUUCCAACCUCAUAUCCGAAUUUCUCAAUCGCUCCUAUGACGAAUUCUUGACUGUUCUGGCGUCGUUUCUGGGCUCUCACAUGCAAUCCCGGUCAUCCUCUGAGCUGUUGCUAACCACCCAAAACGCUGUUCGAGCCUGUCGACAGUUGUUUGCGGUUGUCGAGACGGUCAUUGACCGCGACUACAGUACCUCUCGACCUCUAGUUCAAGCUAAAGAUUCCAUGUACGACGCGAUCACGGAACUAGUCCAUGCUGCUCGUCAAGUUUUCAAGCCCAUUCGUUCAAUGGACGACGAUCUGAUUUAUUCUCCUGACGAGGCACACAGUCUGGUACAGGCGGCCACAGCCUGCGUCAGUGCGGCCGGCCGAUGUGUCACCAGAACCAAAGCGACGCUGGAAGAAAUAGGAGAUUUUGAGAUCGAGAAUUUGAGUUACCUCUUGGGACGAAAUUCGGGUGGCUCCAGCACACCAGAGCCAGCAACCUUCGAAACCCAGCCCUCGGACCGUCUAACAACCUCUUCUGCGGUGACGUCGGCCACAGCCAAAGCCGCAGAUAGAUUAGAGGAACGCCCUCGCAUCGUCAUCAAUCAAGGCCUCCUAACUCCUCCUCUCUCCCUGGCCACGGCUGAAUCUCCUUCCUCCGCCUCCGGUAGUGUUCCUCCUACACCGAAAGACGAUGUGGUGGCAGAGAUCAUUCGUUCCUCACCACUGCCAUCCUCCUCUUUGACUCAUCAGAAGACCUCUGCAAGCUCCCCAGUCUCCAAUCGGUCCACAGAUGUCAGACACCAUCGCAAAUCCGGCCUCGGCGCAGUUGGAGGAAGUACAAGCAGUGACAGUAGCUUCGAACGCAUUGAACGACGGUCAAAUCCCAGCAACCUAUCCUCAGCGUCGACUCGGGUCACCUCGGUCCAGGAAGAUCCUGGUCAUCCGCUAAAGGUGCCUGUUUCGAGGCCAUCACAUGACGCGGGUGGCCGCGAGUCUCUUGAUGAUGAAGAAGAUGCUGAAGCUGAAAUUCUCGUUCACACCUAUUCCCAGGAGCUUGUCUUUAAUCGAGAAGGCAUAAUUGUCGGCGGCACGCUGAAUGCCUUGGUGGAGAGGCUAACCGCCCCCGACUCGGCUCCAGAUGUGUCUUUUGUCACCACCAUUUAUCUCACUUUCCGCUUGUUUGCGACUCCAGUCGCCUUUGCUCGUGCCCUGAUCUAUCGCUUCGAAUACGUGGGUGACAACUUGCGCAUCGCAAGCCCUGUUCGACUCCGCGUAUAUAAUGUCUUCAAAGGCUGGAUGGAGUCUCACUGGCGACAUGAUUGUGAUGACACUGCACUCCCGGUCAUUGUCGGCUUCGCAAGGGAAUCACUUAUUGGUGUGUUGCCAAUGGCCGGCAAGAGAAUCCUCGAACUGGCAGAAAAAGUUGCCACCAGUCAUGCGCCGAUCGUCCCGAGAGUACUGUCCGCCAUAGGAAAGACCAGCACAUCCACAGCAGCCUAUGUUGACCCGAACACCCCUUUGCCGAAUCCCGUCAUCUCCAAGAGCCAACUCACUGCGUUGAGAGCUUGGAAAAUGGGCGGCCCGUCAGUUUCCAUCCUCGAUUUUGACCCCCUUGAACUUGCACGUCAGAUCACGUUAAAGACCUCCAAGAUCUUCUGCUCAAUUCUUCCUGAAGAGCUUCUCGGGACGGAAUGGACCAAACGCAGCAGUUCUCUCGCCGUCAAUGUGCGCGCCAUGUCGACUCUGUCCACCGACAUCUCGAAUCUCGUCUCCGAUUCCGUUCUCCAACUCGAAGAACCCAAAAAGCGAGCCGCCAUUGUCAAACAGUGGGUGAAGAUUGCGAACAAAUGCUUGGACCUGCGCAACUUUGACACUGUCAUGGCGAUCGCCUGUGCCUUGGAUUCGACCAACAUCAAAAGAAUGAAGAAGACGUGGGAAUGCGUACCUCAAAAGACGAAGACAAUUUUCGACGAGAUGUGCAAGAUUGUCGAUGUCGCACGAAACUAUGCUGUUCUACGUCAGCGUAUACAAUCCCAACUCCCACCCUGUCUCCCUUUCAUCGGUGUUUACUUGACAGACCUUACCAUGGUUGACUCAGCCAACCCAUCCACAAGGCCACUGUCGACAGAUAGUGGUGAAGCCUCAGUCAUUAAUCUGGACAAACAUAUGAAGACGGCGAAAAUCAUAUCCGAGUUGCAAAAGUUCCAAAUCCCUUAUCGCUUGGCUGAAGUCUCCGAGCUCCAGACAUGGAUGCAAGACCAACUUAUUCGAGUCAGGUCCGCAGGGGACAAAAGUUUUCAGCUUCACUACCGACGUUCAUUAAUCCUGGAGCCUAGAGAAUCCAGCAGAAGUCCGAAUCCCGAGACCGGGACGGGAAAAGACAGGGAAAGGUUCGACUUCUUUACAUGGGCACACCUAGGCACCAAAGAAAAGUCGGUGUCGGUGUCUAGUUGA